CGACGUAUACUAGUUCGCAUUCCUCACUGUCCAUCGCAUACCAAAUCAUCCAAUCCCAUUUUCGCCUGGGAGGAUCUUCCGCAGAAUCGCGCUCCUUCCCUUUUUUUCACGUCUGCCACCGCCCUAGGGUCAUGAAUUCCAUGGCCUGUCCUCCUAUCCCUGCUUCUCCCUGCUGAACUUCUUUCGUCAAUUUAGAUCUCCUCACUUCCUCUGACAUUCCUUCUGAGUUCGAUCGACUCCUAUCCUACCCAAUCUCCAGUCCUUAUCGCAAGUGUCGGUCUGCCUGGCAUCUGACGUGACGUUUCGCGUGGUGUAACUACCAAUACUCCUGGGGACUUCCCACUUUCAAGUCUCCGUCGUCUUUGCAACAUCUCUCCUGCGCUGUCACCUAUUUGUACGCCGAUUCCGUUGCUCGAACGCCUGCUGCCUCAAUUGGGGCUGAUAGCCAUUUGAUAUCCAUGCGCCUGGCAUAGAGCAGUCGCGGGUCGUCAGACGAGUGUCGGUGGCUUUUCCAGGAUGGAAGUUAUGCGGACACUCCCUCGUGAUGAAUUUGUAUCUCCACUGAGGGUACAUGUCCCUUCCCGGCCGGGAUUCGACAAACGUGGGAAGGAAACUAGCGACCUGUCAAAUGGCUGGCUGCAGAUAGAUGGUUUAACUUCGGGGUGUCUUGGGUCCGGAGAAUACACCAAGGAUGGUGGUGUGCAUGACGCCAAAGUCCUCCAAGUGGUGGAACAUCAAAAUAAGGAUACAAUAUUACGGCGAAAGCUAGGCUACAAAUCAUCGCUGGCUCUGGAAGCUGACAUCCAUGCCUUCGAGCCCGAAGGCUAUGAUGCACCACCGCCCACAUAUGACGAUGCGAACAAGGAUCUACCUCCAGAUUACGCCACACUUGCUCCCUUAGCCCAGCGGAAGAGUCUUAUCCAAGACUCUGCGCCCUCACAGACUACAGAUAGGUCGGAGUGUAAAAGCGCAUCGCGGCUAUUCGAUUUUGAGGCUACUCCGGGCAUUCGGGAAAGAGCAGGAAAGAAGAAGAAGAAGAAGCCGGCUGCGCAACCCCAGCAACAGAGCACACCGCCGCCUGAGGAAAGUGGAGGCGACAAGCAAGAUGAUGGUGGUGGAGAUGAGCAGAAUGGUGAUACCGGCGGAAAUGAAGGAGGCGAUUCAGGAGGUGGCGGCAAUGGAGGAGAUGAUAAUGGCCAAGAUGGGAACGGCGACGGUAAUAAUGGAGAAGAUGACGAGUGGGAUGCGUGGAAUACGACAAGCACCAAGAAGAGUAAGAAGAAGAAAAAGCAGGAGGAAGAGGAAAAGUUGAAGGAAGAAGAAGAGCAACGGAAGCGGGAAGAAGAGGAACAGCAGGCCAGGGAAGAACAGGAGAGAUUGGCCAAAGAGGAGGAAGAACGGCUGGCCAAGGAAGAGGAGGAGAAGCGCGCUGCCGAAGCUGCCGCCGCUGCCGCCGCUCCCCCCGACCUCAGCUGGGCAGAUGAUACUAAUGCCAACGGUGAUGAUGGCUGGGGUUUUGCCACAACGACUAGCAAGAAAAAGAAGAAGAAAGGCAAGGGCGCCGACCCUAGCCCGCCCGAACCGGCGUCCAACGGGUUCCAAGACGUAAGCUUGAACGACAGCGCGCCGCAACUAGACUUAGGUCUGCCUCCUGCAGCGCCAGGGACGGGCUUCAACUUUGGGAGCUGGGGUCAAGAUUGGGGAUCUGGUGAUAAAUGGGGUCUUAACACCCUGAACGGCAUGAAAGACGACAAGCCAAAAGAGAAUACUAACCCUUGGUCCUUCUCCGGCACCAACGGCAUGUCGAACACCUCCGUUGGGUUCAGCUUUGGUGCGGAUCUUGGAAGUACCCCGGCUGCCAACGAUGUCCCUCCUGCUCCGGAAGAAAGCAAGCCAGAGGACGACUGGGGAUUUCCCGUGACCAAGAAAGAGAAAAAGAACAAGAAGAAGGGGCUCGAGGAGCCGACGCCCGACCUUCUUGCAGAAGAGCCAAAACCGGAUAACGCCUGGCCGGCUGUUAAAGAGAAUAAGGAGCCGGAAUUUGCUGAUGAUGACUGGGGUUGGGGAGCAACCUCUAUCAAGAAAGAAAAGAAAAAGAAGAAGGCCGACGAGCCUCUUCUUGAGGAGCCUCCCGCCCCCGAACCUGCUGCCGCCGCUGAUCCGCCGCCUGAAGAUGAUUGGUCAUCGGGCUGGGAUCUCCCAAAGAAGGAGAAAAAGAAGAAGAAGGGCGCGAUCUUUGAGCUGGAGCCGGAGCCAGAGCCACAACCUGAUCCCGUGGAGCCGGAGCCUGAACCUGAACCAGUCGUUGAACCUGAGCCCGAACCCGAGCCCGAGAAGCCAGCCUUGGAAUUCCUGGAUAACCCUCUUUAUAAUAACUGGCUCACGCUUAAUUCCAAAGACAGGAAGAAAAGAGAAAAGCAACUUGUCAAGAAAGGCCUCCCUAUCCCUGGCAAAGACUUUGAAUUUCCUGAUCCAGAUGCUGAGCCCCCCAAGGAACCAGAGCCCGAGCCCGAGCCAGUUCAAGAACCUGAGCCAGCUCCUGAGCCAGAGCCCGAGCCGAUAGCUGAACCUGAACCUGAACCUGAACCAGUUGUUGAACCAGAGCCCGAGCUUGAACCGGAGCCCGAAAAGCCCGCCUUUCAAAUCCCAGACAGCCCUCUGUAUAAUAACUGGCAUACACUUUCAUCUAAAGACCGGAAGAAGCGUGAAAAAUCGUUGAUCAAGAGCGGACUUCCUAUUCCUGGCAAAGAUUUUGAACUUCCUGAUCCAAAUGCUGAGCCCCCUAAGGAGCCCGAGCCCGAGCCUGAGCCCGAGCCAAUUCAAGAACCGGAGCCAGCUCCUGAACCCGAGCUCGAGCCGAUACCUGAGAUCAAGGCUCCUGAAAUACCAGACAACCGGAAGAAACGGGAGAAAACAUUGAUUAAGAAUGGUCUUCCUAUCCCGGGCAAGGAUUUUGAGCUUCCUGAUCCCAAUGCUGAGCCUCCCAAAGAUCCUGAGCCAGAGCCAGAGCCAGAGCCGGAGCCGGAGCCGGAGCCAGUUCAAGAACCCGAACCAGAGCCUGAACCCGAGCCGCCUGAACCUGAGGUUAAAGCUCCUGAGAUACCAGACAGUCCCCUCUACAAUAACUGGCACACACUCUCGUCCAAAGACCGGAAGAAACGAGAGAAAACAUUGAUUAAGAACGGACUUCCUAUUCCUGGUAAAGAUUUUGAGCUUCCUGAUCCCAAUGCUGAACCCCCCAAAGAGCCUGAGCCUGAGCCACCGGAGCCUGAGCCAGCAGCUGAACCUGAGCCAAUCCCGGAAGCUGAGCCUGAGCCUGAGGUUAAAGCUCCAGAGAUACCAGACAGUCCUCUCUAUAACAACUGGCACAAUCUCUCAUCCAAAGACCGGAAGAAACGAGAGAAAUCAUUGAUCAAGAACGGACUUCCUAUCCCGGGCAAGGAUUUCGAACUUCCUGAUCCUAAUGCUGAACCGCCUAGAGAGCCCGAGCCUGAGCCAGUACCUGAACCUAUUCAAGAAGAGCCGGCGCCACCUCCAGCCCCAGAAUUGGAGCCAGAACCAGAGCCAGAGCCGACUUGGGAGCCAGAGCCAGAGCCUGCGUCCGAGCCAGUCCCUGAAGUGGUCACAGAACAGACUUAUGAGGAGGAAAGCUGGGGAAUAUGGAAUGCUUCGAAGGAGAAGAAGAAGAAGAAGAGCAAGAUCGCUGCUGAGCCUCCACCGCCCGCACCAACACCUCCAUCUUUGGGAUGGUCUGCCGAGCCAGAGGGGUAUGUACCUACUGACCAACCUUCUAAGAGUAACAAGAAGGGUUACAAGGAGGAAGAGACACCUAAGAGUGGCAUGGGUUGGUGGGCCACCAUCGGUGCUGCAACUAUGGGCAAAUCCAAGACGACGAAGAAAAAGUCAUCAGAGAAGACCAGAGCCAUAGAAGCAGCACCAGAGCCCGAGCUCGAACCCGAACCUGUACCAAGUCAUCCUGCAGAGGAUGACUUACUCAUUGACGUUGACGAUUCAAAGAUGCCCGAGGCGCCCGAAGCGCCAAUCCCGCCAGUUGUCGACGAACCACCCGCGCCAGCCGCGCCGCCAGCGAAGUCUCCUGUUGUCACCUCGAAGACCAAGUCAUCAGCCAAAUUGUCCAAGGGGAAGUCAAAGGACAAGGUAGCCAAGGAAGAGCCUGCCCCACCCCCAGAAGAACCUCCUGCUCCCCCGCAACCCGAGCCUGUCGAAUUCUUUGACCCCGAACCGGUUCAAUUUAAAAAGCCCUCUAGGGAUUUGGACUUUUACGAUAUACCCCCUCCACCUGCCCCAGAGCCGCCUGCCCGAGAGCCGGAACUUCAGUUUGAGCCGGAACCUGAGCCUCAGCAACCUGAGCCCGAGCCCGAGCCUGAGCCGGCAAAGACUGCUGUACUCGAACCUGUGCCAGAACCGGUACCUGAACCAGUUCCUGAGCCUGUGCUUGAACCACCGGCUCCUGAGCCCGUGCCUGAGCCGGUCCCUGAGCCUGUUGCAGAACCAGAGCCAGAACCUCAACCCGAGCCGGAGCCCGAGCCAGUCCCCGCACCUAAAAAGAAGAAGGUUGUUGAGCCAGAACCAAUUCCUGAGCCGCCAGUAGCUGAACCCGAACCCGAAUUUGUCCCAGCUCCUGCUCCAGAGCCUCCGAUCGAGCAAACGCGGGAAUUAGAGCCGGUGGUCGACGAAGCACCUGCUCCCAAGCCUGAAAAGCCGAAGAAAAAGAGCAAGAAGGUAUCCAGUCUAGAAAAGGCAGCCCCGACUGGAGAAGCAGCUGCAGAAAUCGAUCCUGCUGAGCCGGAACUGGAGAAGCCGGCCAGGAAGGAGCGUGUUCGUGUUGAGCGCACUCCCGGUUCGGCAUCCUGGGGAUUUUGGGGUGCCACGCCUCAAAAGCAGCCCAGCACUAGGGAGCAUAGGCGUAGGCGGGAAAGGGAACGUGAACGUGAACGUGAACAGUCACCCCCGCCUAUGGUCAGGUCGAGAUCGACCAGGCAACCAAAGUCUAGGGAUCUUGAGAACGAGGGAGAGAAGUCUACCUCUGACAAGGAUAAGCGCAAUAGCCGAGGUAUGACUCUCGCUGAUUUUGUCCUGGGCACGCCGCCACCGCCUAGUAGGACAAAGUCCAGUCGAAGACACGGAACACACGCAUCCAGGGCUACUUCGAGACGUCCAUCCGUGGGCAUGGAGGACGCUGGGUUCCCCAGUCCUCCACCCGACGAUAGCCGGGAUAUGCCGGAUAAGGCUGCCAGGAUGAUGGGUGUGCACGGCUCCUCUCGGAGAGAAAGAGACAGACGUCAUGAAUCUCGUAGAAGAUCUCGCGCUCCUGAUCCGUAUGCGGUCGAAGACGAGGACAUCGUCAUGGUAGACCGGGACGACAUCGAUGCCCCGAAGGAGGGCUCAAGGGGAUCGAGGCACUCCGACAGACGUUCGAGGAGAAAGUCUCGGUCCAGGCAAGAAGAGCAUUAUGAUGAUGCUGAAGUGUUCUCGGGACCGGAAGAUAUCGCUUUCGUGGAAGCACCAAGAGAGCGACGCGUGAGACGGUCAAGUACUGCUCCCAAGAAACCAGAGUCCACUGGUCUCAUGGGCUUCAUCGGCUCUUUGCGGAAAACCGCUCGUCCGGACCCUCCGGAGCGCCGAAAGUCCCGGUCUCAUCGUGAUGAAGAUGCCCGAUACAUGACAGAGCCAGAGCGAGAGGAACGGCGUGCAAGGCGCGAAGCUCGCAGAAGGCGUGCCGAACAAGAGGCUGAGCUGGACGGCUUUGUUACCGAAGGCGGUCCAGUAGGUGGGUUCCCGGAAACCGACAUGGACGAAGUUGAAGCUAGACGGGCAGCCCGUCGAGCAAAACGAUCCUCUCGGCAGGCGCCAUCUGACCAGCUUCGUGAGAGCGACUGGCGCGAAGCCGAAGAAAGACGUGCUCGACGGAAGGAAAGAGAGAGAGCCCGUGAGCGGGAGAUGCAGGAAAGAAUGCUCCGAGAGGAGGAAGAGAGGGAAGCAAGGCGCCAGGAAGAACGAAGGCUUCGUAGAGCAGCUCGUGAAGAGCGCCGUGCUCGAGAAGAGGCGGAAGCCCGCGAGGCAGAAGAGCAGGCCGAAGCCGAAGCCAGAGCAGCAGAACGGCGCGAACGCAGACGGCGGAGGGAGGCAGAGAUGCAAGAAGCCGCCGCGUACGAGCCCCGGUCCAAACGUCGAUCCUCUCGUCACCCUGUCGAUGACAGAGCUGCCCGAGACUUCUAUCUCGGCGGCUACGACGGCGAGAGGGCUUAUCGUCCGGAACGGUCUACAGAAGAGGGGGUGAGGCCCAAACGUCGGAAGUCCAGGGCUCCAGAACCGGAGCGCGGACCACCGAUGAUGUCCGGAGGACGCAAGGAUAAAACUUCGUCCUGGGUGCAUUCGCAAGCGAGCGACCCGCCUGAACCACCACCAGUCGUGGCCACCGUGGUGGACAUGCCGCCUGGUCCAGGUGAGCCGGCUCAGGCGAACUCGGUCUCCUCGGACGAGGAGGCACGACGUGAGCUGCGGCGUCGGGCCCGACGACGAGCAAGAUAUCCCGGCCUGACGGAUCAGGAAAUCGACGAGUUACGAGCGCGAAAGCGCGAGGCUAGACGGUCUGAGCGUAGUUCAGGCAGCGCUGAUUACGAACGGGUCCGUGGCAUGAGGUCGUACGACGAUCGUUAUGCACCGCCAGUCAAUGGGCCCAGGAUGCCGAAUUGGUUCAAGAGACUGACCAAUAUGGGUUGA